CCUGGCGGGCGGGGGCUGAAUCAGCGCACCGCCCGACCUGGCCGCACAGUCUGCUCCCCGCGCAGGGUCCGCUACUCGUGCGCAGGGCCUCCCGGAGUACCCGGGGCCGCGGAGCCUCGGAGGAGCUGACCCAGGGAACCGUCGCCUUGGUCACUGUGGACGCGGAAGUGCUCUUGCCUUGCUUUGCGGUCAAACGAGGGCUGUAGUCUCCCGGCAGGUGCAUCGGGUCGAAUUCCACGGAGAUUGCUCUCCCAUUCUGGCGGACCGCGCCUCUGGGGACACCGGCUGCUCGGGAGGCGUGGCCGAGCGCGGAGCAAACCCGAGGGACCCCAGGUGCAGGAAGACUAACAGUAGGAAACUCGAGCCUCCAGAAGAAGAAUGCAACUCAUUGUUCCUUUUUUCUUUUUUGUGGAACUCAACUACCUACCCAGGCACUAUGAAGAUUUUCCUUGUGGAACCUGCCAUUUGCCUGAGAGCAUUUGCCAUGACCUUGUCCUCCCCACUGACGACACAGUACGUGUACAGGAGGAUAUGGGAGGAAACAGGCAACUACAGUAUUAUGCCUGAGAGCAAUAUUUCUGAGUGUGAGAAAAACAAAAGCAGCCCGAUUUUUGCAUUCCAGGAGGAAGUUCAGAAAAAAGUGUCUCUUUUUAAUCUGCAAAUGGACUUAAGUGGAUUAAUUCCUGGCUUAGUGUCCACGUUCAUGCUUCUGUCCCACAGUGACCACCAUGGACGAAAGUUUCCUUUGAUUUUGACUUCAGCCAGUGCUCUUGCGACCAGCAUCUGGCUCUGUUUGCUUUCCUAUUUUGCCUUUCCCUUCCAGUUUUUGAUUGCAUCCACCUUCAUUGGGGCCCUUUGCGGCAAUUAUACCACAUUUUGGGGUGCCUGUUUUGCCUACAUAGUUGAUCGAUGUAAAGAAGAGAAACAAAAAACAAUUCGAAUAGCUAUCAUUGACUUCCUACUUGGAAUUGUUACUGGAUUAACAGGAUUGUCUUCCGGCUAUUUUAUUAGAGAAUUAGGUUUUGAGUGGUCCUUUUUCAUUGUUACUAUAGUUCUUACUGUUAACUUGAUUUAUAUUUUAUUUUUUCUUGGUGAUUCAAUGGAAAAGUCUUCAUCUCAGAUUAUUUCCAUAUCAUAUUGUGAAAGCUUAAAAAACCUAUUUUACCAAACUUACAUGCUUUUUAAAAGUGCUUCCGGUGAGCGACGGUGUUUGCUCUGUUUGUUACUUUUCACAAUGAUCACUUAUUUUUUUGUGAUAAGUGGCGUUUCCUCCAUUUUUAUCCUCUAUGAAUUGGAUUCACCACUCUGCUGGAAUGAAGUUCUUAUAGGUUAUGGGUCAGCUUUAGAUAGUGUCUCUUUUUUGAGUAGUUUCCUGGGAAUAUGGUUUUUUUCUUACUGUAUGGAAGACAUCUACAUGGCCCUCAUUGGAAUUUUAACCACCAUGGUGGGAAUGGCUAUGACUGCUUUUGCCCGAACAACGCUGAUGAUGUUUUUAGUCAGGCUGCCCUUCCUCUUCACUGUUGUGCCGAUCUCUGUUCUGCGGUCCAUGAUGUCGAAAGUGGUUCGUUCUUCCGAACAAGGGACCCUGUUUGCAAGUAUUGCUUUCUUAGAAACACUUGGCGGAGUCACUGCAGCUUCUACCUUUAAUGGAAUUUAUUCAGCAACUGUUGCGUGGUACUCAGGCUUUACCUUUCUGCUGUCUGCCGGUCUAUUACUAAUUCCAGUGAUCAGUCUAUGUGUUGUCAAGUGCAGCAGCUGGGAAAAGAGAAGCAACAUACUUCUUAUCCAAGAAGAAUCCAGUGAAGACACUGCAGAGCCAUGAUUGUGGUUAUAAAACAGUGCAUACACCAUGCAUUCCAACUUCUGAGACAUACAGCAUAGCUGCACAAUCAGUACUUCUGGAACAAUUGGUGUUGCCUGUCCUUCUUCCAUACUGAAUAGUGAGAGAAGGAGCCCAGCCUCAGCUCCUGCAGCACCGUACAGUUCCAGCACUGUGGAUACCAUGUAAUAUGUUUCCAAUACAGAGAACAAAUCUCAAAAUGCUUUAUCCUUUCAAAUUUACAAGAAAACCCCUGAAACUUAAUAGUAUCAGGAGGUAUUAAGACACCUGAUACAAUGAAAUACAGUAAACUCCCCAGCAUACCCCAGUCUCUCACAUUGAGACCAAGGAAAAUGCCUUACCUCAGUUUCUCCUGCAAAGUGGGUUUCUCACCUCCCUCCAGGAUUUUGAAGGACAACUAUAAAAAAUUAUGACAAAUCAUUCACCAAUAGAAAAUAACAGAAGUUUCAAAUAUUUAUCAUUUCACCUCUUAGGUAAUGCUUUGUUUUAUAGAAUUCAUCAAGGGGCUAUUGACACUGAAAGCUUUUAAUAGAUGCAAAAUCCUUAAAACAGAAGCACAUUAAAGAGUACAUAUUUUCACUUUUCCUGUUUCAUCAGUGACCAGCAUGUUGAUAUUUCUACAUGUAACAAAGGGAUAAAUGGGAAAAAAUCAGAUUAUAAAUAAAACUGUUUCUAGAGAUAUGUAAAAACUGAGUAAACAGCCAACUGGGAAGUAAAGUAAGAUUACAGCACCAGUAUUCAUUCUGUAUUCUGUCAAAGGGGAUCCAUUUCUCACUGCCUUACAGCCAUCUUGAGAUGUACCCUGGUCCCUACAAACACCACAUUCUUUCACCUUUUUCAUACUAUCCAUUUGCCCUUCCUCCCUGGCAACACUGAAACUUCUAAGUCUCAACCAAACUAUUGCUUCCUCUGUGUAGCAUUGACAUCUGUCCCUGCUCCUACCCUGCCCCUGCCACUGUCUCUGCAGAGCCCCCGCAGCUCUGUGUCUCCUUCUGUCCGCACAUUUUCUGUGGCUAUGUAAUGUUUGUUUUCCCUACUGGACAAGGGACACCUCAAGGAGAGAGACAGUCUGAUUCCUCAUUACAUCCUCAAUAAAUGUUUGUUUAGCCAAAUAAAAAAGUUUGUUUUUACUUGUAAAAAUAAUUUAAAGCUAUGUAUUUAAUGCAUCAGGAGAGUAACCAUUGAUGUGCUAUAUUUGUUAAGCCAGCCUUGCAAAUAAAUUGAAAAAUAUGGUAUCCCAUAUGCUUUUUAAAUUGGUUGAUAGUAUUUUCACUGGUCCUUCAAAAGCCGAUUAACUUCUUUGCAAUCUCUUGAAAGCAGAUAGAGUCUUCUAUUGGAUAGCAUGGCUUAUGGCUUUUUCCUAUAGGGAAAUCAAUGAUUGCUAAACUAGCAAACAGCACUCAUUUAAAAUUCUAAGAGUUCUUAUUUCCGAGACCAUUCCUCUUAGGUUUGGAAGCCCAUGUGGGAACUGAGUGAUAUUCAAAUUUAUCUAUUUUUGUUUUCCUUCCUGUGCAACGCUCUUCCCAAACAAAAAGAACAAGUACUUUCCUGUUAAUAAAAUGCAUUCUCUAUCAACUGA